GUCAUUUGGUCCGACUUUAAACAAACAAAAAACCUUCAUCACCUUUUUUUAAUAUUAUUCCAUCUAUGAAGCAAACAAUCAAGAAAACGAAGAAAAUACGUACUUUGAAAGAUAUGACCAAUCAUUUGGCUCAACAUCAAAUUGCCAUUCCUCUUCGAGUGAUUGCUGUUGUCAUAGCUGGUUACUUUUUACGACUUCCAUAUUUUGACCAUUUCCUCUUUAUAAGCAAUGAACGUCUUGAUGGUCGUUUUGAAAAAAGUUAUUGGGACUUGACCUUUUUAUUUUUUUAUAUUUGUAUAUUUACUGCUGCUCGGGCUUCGUUUAUGAAAUAUAUCUUGUUACCUUUGGCUAAAUGGUGUAAUGUUUCUCCCAAGAAGUAUGAUAGGUUUUGUGAACAAGCUUGGUCUUUUGUUUAUUAUACUUGUAGUUUCAGUGCUGGUAUUGCAGUAAUGUAUGGUACGAAAUGGUGGUUUAAUACAGCAUACUUUUGGAUUGAUUAUCCCGUAACUGAUUAUACCAAGGCAUUCAAGUAUUACUAUUUGGUUCAAUUUGCAUUUUGGUUACAACAAAUAUUUGUUCUUCAAAUCGAAGCCCCUCGCAAGGAUUAUCGUGAAUUGGUCAUGCAUCAUAUCAAUACUUUACUAUUGAUCUUUGCUAGUUAUCUAUGUAACUUUACUCGGGUUGGUAAUGCUGUUUUUGUCUGUAUGGAUUUACCUGAUGCUGUUCUUGCCCUCGCCAAAACCUUAAAUUAUACUUGUCCAGGGAUUGUUUGCAAUUUUACUUUUGUAUUGAUGUUGAUCUCUUGGAUGUAUACUCGUGUUUAUCUUUAUGGAUGUAUCAUGUUAUCUACCUGGACCGAACCUGAUCUUUAUGUUGAUUUUCGUUUGGCGCCUUUGGAAGGUUGGUGGUUCCCUCAUUUUGUGGUUUAUAUCAUUUUUGGUUUGAUGCUUGGUCUUUACUGUUUGAUUCUCUUUUGGACUGCUAUGAUCUUCAAGGUGCUAUACAAGAUUGUAUUUACAGAUAACGCUAAGGAUGUACGAUCAGAUGAUGAAGAUGAAGAAGUAGUGACAUUAGAAAAGGAUGAUCUUAACCAAAGUUCGGCAAUCAAUUCAAAUGGUGUUACUCAUGUUACUCGUCGAUCUAAGGUGAAUGGUGGUAAUUGAUCAUAUAUAUCUCUCCUCGGUUAUUGUUAUCCUUUUUUUUUUCUUUUUUUCCUUUUCUAUCCCACCUCUCUAUAUAGUUUUAUUAAUUUACAUUUAUUCCUUUUUUUUUCUCCAUUAAUUACUUGUCAUUUUAUUAUUUGAUAGUCCUGUUUAUUUACUUUUCUGUGAAUAGUUUAUUCCUCAUUAUCCAUUAUAGUUCCUCGCCAUCACAUAUUCUUACCCAGUUUCUCUCUCUCCCCGUAUUUUGUAAUAUGUGAUUAUCCCCUUCUUCUUUUACUUCACGCUUAUUUGUUCAAUACAAAUAAAUAACAUACAUACCUUAUUGACACAUUCUUGUAUAUUUUCCCAUUGG